AUGGCAUCCCAGGUGAAGCAGCCCCAGGGGCGUGGCCUAUCGUCUCUAUUUUCUUGCUGUUUCAAAGGAAGUGACCAACCAGAGAUCACCUACUGCCAUGACAACAUCAACACUGUGGCUGUACUGGAGCCCACUCUGCCUAUGCCCCCCCUUCAAGAGCUGGACUCCAUGUUCAUUGAGCUGGUGGAUGAACUGGACCUCACAGAGGAGCACAGAGCAGACAUGUUUGCUUUGCCAGCAGAGAAAAAAUGGCAGAUCUACUGUAGUAAGAAAAUGGAGGCAGAGGAGAAAAAAGGAGCAACCAGCUGGCCAGAGUAUUAUAUUGACCAGCUCAGGUCCAUGGCUGCUAGGAAGACUCUGCUGGCACUGGAGGAUGAGGAAGAGCAGGGAGGACAUACAGUCGUAGAUGGUCUAAAGACAGCACUGAGGACACAGUCAAUGAGGUUUGUGACGCGAUUUAUUGACUUGGAUGGCCUGUCUUGUAUCCUGAAUUUCCUCAAGUCAAUGGACUAUGAGACCGCAGAGUCUCAGAUCCACACCUCCUUGAUUGGCUGCAUCAAAGCUCUGAUGAACAACUCUCAGGGCAGAGCUCAUGUCCUAGGUCACUGUGAGAGCAUUAAUAUCAUUGCACAGAGUCUCGCCACUGAAAACAUCAAAACCAAAGUCGCAGUGUUAGAGAUCCUCGGUGCAGUAUGUUUGGUGCCAGGAGGCCAUAAGAAAGUACUAGAAGCCAUGCUGCACUACCAGAAAUUUGCCUCGGAGAGAACACGCUUUCAGACCCUGCUGACAGAUUUGGAUAGAUCCACAGGUCGUUACAGAGAUGAAGUUAAUCUGAAGACUGCCAUUAUGUCCUUCAUCAACGCUGUGCUCAGCCAGGGAGCAGGAGAGACAAGUCUGGAGUUCCGUAUCCAUUUGCGCUAUGAGUUUCUGAUGUUGGGCAUUCAGCCAGUCAUUGACAAAUUACAUUCCCAUGACAACGACAACCUAGACAGACAUCUGGACUUCUUUGAGAUGUUGAGGAAUGAAGAUGAGCUUCUGAUGUCCAAACGCUUUGAUGUUGUCCAUAUAGAAACUAAAAGUGCCAGCCAGAUGUUUGAGCUAAUCAAGAGGAAACUGAACCACACUGAAGCUUACCCUCAUCUCCUGUCUAUACUGCAGCACUGUCUCAUGAUGCCAUAUAAGCAGAACAGUUCCACACUUCAGUACUGGGUGCUGCUGGACAGAAUAGUUCAGCAGCUGGUUCUGCAGACAGACAAAGGUGACAACCCUGAUGUCGCUCCACUGGAGGACUUCAACGUUAAAACUAUUGUACGCAUGCUCGUCAAGGAGAACGAGGUCAUCCAAUGGAAAGAACAAGCAGAUAAAAUCAGAAAAGAGCAUCAGAACUUGCAGCAGCGUUUGGAAAAGAAAGAGAGGGAGUGUGAGGCCAAGAAUAAGGAGAAAGAAGACAUGAUGGCAAUGCUGAGCAAGAUGAAAGACAAACUUGAGAGAGAGAGCAAUGACCACAAGCAAGCUAACUUACGAGUGGCAGAGUUGUCUGCUCGGCUGCAGCAGCUCACUUCAGCCUCUAGUGUCCCCGGAGGACCUCCAAUAACUUCUGGUGGUUUAGUUUCUGCUGGUCCUGUCCCAUCCAUCCCUCCACCUCCUCCCCCUCCUCCUCCACCACCUCCUCCACCACCUCCUCCUCCAGGAGGCCCACCAGCUUUUGGCAUGGCUCCAUUUGCCCCACCUCCUCCUCCAGGAGCUCCACUAGGAACAACCCAGAAGAAGAAUAUUCCUCAACCAUCCAACCCACUGAAGUCAUUAAACUGGAGCAAACUGCCAGAGAGCAAGACAGAAGGAACCAUAUGGAAAGACAUCGAUGAUCUCAGGGUGUUUGAAGUUCUGGAUCUAGAAGAGUUCCAGAGGAUCUUCUCGGCUUACCAGAAGCCACAAGUAACAUAUUCCACCCUAACACUAAACAAUUAACAGAAGGAUGCUGAAGAUGACCAUACUUUUUCUAAGAAAGUCAAGGAGCUGUCAGUAAUCGAUGGUCGCCGAGCACAGAACUGUAACAUUCUCCUCUCACGGCUGAAGCUGACCAAUGAGGAGAUCCGCCACGCCAUCCUGACCAUGGAUGAACAGGAGGACCUACCUAAAGACAUGCUGGAGCAGCUUCUGAAGUUUGUUCCUGAGAAGAGUGACAUUGAACUGUUAGAAGAACACAAGCAUGAGUUGGAACGUAUGGCCAAAGCAGACCGCUUCCUGUAUGACAUGAGCAGCAUUAACCACUACCAACAGAGACUGCAGUCUCUCUACUUCAAGAAGAAGUUUGCUGAGAGAGUGGCUGAGGUGAAACUUAAAAUCAAAGCUCUGAGUCUGGCAUCCAGGGAGGUGACUCAGAGUGGGAACCUGCGGCAGCUCCUGGAGGUGGUUCUGGCCUUUGGGAACUAUAUGAACAAAGGACAACGAGGAAAUGCCUAUGGAUUUAAAUUAUCCAGUCUCAACAAGAUAGCUGACACCAAGUCAAGCACUGACAAAAACGUCACUCUGCUCCACUACCUGAUCACUGUACUGGAAAAGAAGUACCCUAAGGUGGCAGCUUUCAAUGAAGAGCUACAACAUGUACCAGAAGCUGCUAAAGUCAAUAUGACAGAUUUGGAGAAGGACAUUGGCAAUCUGAGAUCUGGCCUAAAGAGUGUUGAGGUGGAGCUGAAAUACCAGCAGGCUCAGUCCCCUGAGGGCCCUGCAGAUAGGUUUGUCCCUGUGGUCAGUCAAUUCAUCACUGUGGCCUCUUUCAGCUUCUCUGAUGUAGAGGAGUCACUCAGUGAGGCCAAAGAAGUGUUUGGAAAGGCACUGAGACACUUUGGAGAAGACCUGUCCAACCUGCAGCCGGAUGAGUUCUUUGGGAUCUUCGACACUUUCCUCACAGCUUUCUCAGAGGCCAAAUCGGACAACGAGAACCUGGCCCGUCGCAAGGAGGAAGAGGAGAGACGGGCCCUCAUGGAGUCACAGCUGAAGAGAGACAGGGAGCAGAAGGCGAGGAAAGCCAAAACAAAUCAAGAAGAGACAAAUGAAGAUGGGGAGUUUGAUGACUUGGUGUCUGCUCUGCGCUCUGGAGAGGUGUUUGAUAAAGAUCUGUCCAAAAUGAACCGUGGAAAACAGCGGAGAAAUAACAUGUUCGACAACAGCCGGGAGAGACCAGUAACGAAACUAAACCAGUAGCAGGACACUUCAUGGACAGCAGCACUUCACUGGGACUGUUAAAGCACUGCUGAAACACAUGAAAGUCUUAGUAACACUGUUGUGGGCGUGGAGUUAUCUUCGCUUAAAUCCACAUAAUGGUUCAUGGGGCAAG